CCUUAGCAUAAUCUCUCCCUUCUUCGCAGAGGAUUGUGGGUGGAAACAGGAGAAUCAAGAUGGCAGCGCCCUGCUCGAGGAUGGCGAGUCGCCCUAUAUGGCAAUUUAUUACAAAUGUCAGACGGACAGGGCUAAAACAUACAGGAGUUCGUCAAAUUUCUCUCGGUUCUGCUUGUCGAGCUGCAACUCAGACCAGAAGUAAAACGGAAAGCGUCGCGUCGCCAUGGAAGCUGUACGGGGCGGUGUGUCUCCAGAGGCUGCCUGUCAUAUCACAGGAGCGGAACCCGAUCGAAGACCAAUUCGCUGAGCUCAUGCAUCAGAUGGAGCUGGAGAGAAGCUUGCUGUCGGAUCAUGAACAGAGGCUCCUUGAGGACUCAGAACGUAUGACUCGUAAACAGGCAGACAACUAUGAUUCAGAUGAGGAGGAGGCAGACUACGGUGGCCAGGAGACCAUCACCGCUCAGGACCAGGAGGACACCUGGGAACAGAAACUCAAACACUUCCAACCUGCUCUCAGAGACAGAGAUGUAGGUGGGACACCGCUGGGCUCAGUGGAGAGGUGUCUAGGAGACAGCCUGGUCCUGCUGGUCCAGCAGACUGUCGGUAAAGAGACCAUCUGGCUGCUCCCUCAGGCCCAGUGGGAGGCAGGGGAGACUCUCCGACAGACAGCAGAGAGAGGCCUCAGCAGCCUGCCAGAGGCUGAUUUCAAGGCUACGUUCCUUGGCAACACCCCCUGUGGAGUGUACAGGUACACAUUCCCCAAAGAGGUCCGGACAGAGCGCUGCGUGGGAGCCAAGGUCUUCUUUUUCAAAGCUUUCCUGUCUGCUGGUUCAGCCAGUCAGAAAGAACCUUUCUUGUGGGUGAAGAAGACUGAACUGCAGGGAUACCUGAAGCCAGCUUACUUGGAGAAGGUCGACCGCUUCAUACUCAACCUGUGAUGGAGCGGAUGAGAGCUGAUGGAGAAGGUUGACUGCUUCAUACUCAACCUGUGAUGGAGCGGAUGAGAGCUGAUGGAGAAGGUUGACUGCUUCAUACUCAACUUGUGAUGGAGCGGAUGAGAGCUGAUGGAGAAGGUUGACUGCUUCAUACUCAACCUGUGAUGGAGCGGAUGAGAGCUGAUGGAGAAGAUGUGAUGGUUACGGAUGUCUUUUUUCGAAACGUCCUCGUUGAGUCCUGGAAGUCAUAUUUCUGUCACAGCAACUGUUGUUUUCUCCUGCCCGUCCACUUGGUGUGUAAGAGAGCAUGAUUAAAGUUUAUCAUUUGUUCCAA